GUUUCUUCGUUGUUUUGCUAUAAUCUGUAUGUCAGUAUUGUCAAUUUGUCAUUUGGUGAAUGUUUUCUAAAUAUUCCUUUUGUCCAUAAUAUAAAAACAAGACAAUUUACUCAUCUGUAAGAAAACAUGGCAAGUGAGAGCAGUUCCGCCGUGCUGGACAUGAACGACGCCGACGGCGCCGAAGACACGGAGGCGCCGAGCGUGACCGACGACGCCGUGGAGGGGAUACCGCUCAUCAUGGAGCAUGGAUAUGACAUAGCUGUUAAGGUUGACGCGCCAAUGAAGCAGCUGUCGACACUAGAGACGUUCGUGACUUACCGCGUGCGGUGCGUGUGUGCCCGCUGGAGGGCGCCACCGUACGUUCGCCGCCGGUACAACCACUUCAAGGUACUCCACAAGAGGCUGUCGGCGGCGCACCCGUUCAUCGCCCCUCCAGCGCUGCCGCCGCUGCACUCGGCGCGGCAGCAGCUCGAUAGGUACUCGCCCUCCUUCGUCGCUGUGCGCACUAUAGCGCUGGACGCGUUCCUGAAUAGAGUUGCAAAGCAUCCCAUCUUCACACACAGCGAGGACUUCAAGCUGUUCCUGACGACGCCUGACGAAGAGUUGGAUAAGAUAUUCAAGAGCGAUCACAGCGCCCUCAGCCUGUGGGGGUUGAGCAGCGCACUGUACGGCAGCGCGGACACCAAGCCAGCGAACGGCGCCAGAGUGAAAGACCCAGAGUUCAUAGCGGCGGCGGACUACUUGUUAGCGUUACAGCAGAAACUUACCACCCUGUGCGCGCUCACCAACAAACUGCACAAAGGAUGCGCAGGCGUCGCCACUGAGCUCAUGGGGCUGCGGCGGGCGUGCGAGGCGUGGUGUGCGGCGGGCGGGGCGGGGGCGGGGGCGGGGGUGGCGGGGCGCGCGGCGGCCGCGCUGGCGGCGGGCGCGGCCUCCGCCAGCGCGGCGGCGGCCGCGGGGGGCCGGCCGCGCGCGCCGCUGCACGCGCUGCUGCCGCCGCUCGCCGCCACCGCCGCCGCGCACGCGCACAAGAUCCGCCAGCGGGACGCCAUGCACGCGUCCUACGUUGCGGGCAAUAAUACGGACGAAUUGCAUAACAGGCUAGAGCAAGCGUCCGAGGCGCUCCGUUCCGAACUAUCAGACUGGAUACCAAAGACGCACAGCGAAGUCAAGAAGCUAUUACUCCAGUUGGCCGAGAGACAAGUCCUUAUAUACACACAGAUGUCCCAAGCGUGGGAGAACGCGUUGAAACUGUCCACAGAGGCGAACUACGACGAUAUAUUCAAAACUGUGACAAAGAACGCAGUCCAGAAAUUGUCACCGUCGAAAUGCGGCACUCCCACGGAGACCGAGAGGGAUUUUGAGGAUUUGGCCAGUACGGACACGGAGGACAGGCCAGAACUCAGCGACACGGAGCUGAGGAACGACAAGGACCCACUAAGGGACUUCUCGGAUGUGGAUCUCUCGUCAUGAUUCUGUGAUACCGUGUUUUUAAGUAUUAUAAAAAAGUUUUGAGGUUAUUUUAAUUGGUGAGCAAGGAAUGGUAAAUUAUGGUUUUUAAUGCGUGAUAAUGGAAUGAUAACCCCGUCUGCGUUAUCAGUAUACGCUGGCGGGGCACCAGUGAGGGGUGAUAGGGAUAGAUGAAACAGGGCAGUUGGCCCAUCGUGAUGAAUUCAUCAGGAAUUAACCAGCAAGGGGAACCACGUGUAGGUCGUUGUGAUAAACUAUAUUGCUAGCAAAACCCCAUUAUUAACAAUCCCCCAAAUCUUAUGUUUCGCUGUACAGUAUUUAAGGUAUCCCGGUCUAUUAGGUACGGAUGACGGGAUGUCUACAGAAAAGAGUACAUGGUGUGUUGAUGGGGCGUCCACCAGUUUUUAAAUGGAUGAUAAUGGAAUGGUAACACCGCCUGUGCUAUCGGUAUACGCUGAAGGGGCACCAGUGAAGGGUGAUAGGUGAGGAUGAAAGCAGGUCAGUUGGCCCAUAUCAUUGAUGGCUUUGCAUUGCUAGCAGUCCCCUUUCCCCAUAAUUUUUAAGUUGAUUAUGGUGAUUUUGAGAUUUAUCAAAAGUUGGCACUCUUUAUCUUAUUGCUAACUCCCUAAAUAGGAAGGCUGUCGAAAUUUUGUUUGUGAAGUAUCUACACAUUGGAAUCACCGAAUUUAGCAUUAAAUCCGUUUGUCAUUUGAAAAUUUUAAACAACCUGACAUUUGUUUGUUCGUAAAAAGAAUACAGUUUGCGUGAAGAGAAACGCACAAUUUUCGUCUAGUACUCGAGGCUUAUUCUAAAUGUGUGAUCAAUUAUUUUCAUAAUAAAACCUCUGAAACUUGUGUCUCGUCACAAAACAGACUUCAGUUGUAACAAUACUAGUUAUUAUGAUGUAAAAAUUAAACGAUUGAAUGGAUUUCGAUAAAAUUCCUAUGGGACCAAUGUAUAAGUGCACUCUCUUAUCAGAAGAAAAAAAAUUCCCAAAUCGGUUUUAUAACUGACCAGAGUUAUGAGAUGACGUACAUAAAAAAAUACCACAGAAUUGAAACCUCCUCUUUGAAGUCGGUUGAAAAGUAAUAAUUCUUUAUUUAAGAACCAGCGACAAAGAUGUAGAACAUGAAUCAUAUCAAAUUGGCUAGACUCCUAACCGAAUUGGCGCCAAUAUUUUGAAAAUGGAAUGUGUUCAAAUUGUAAAAAAAAAGUAAGUAAACGAUGAAUUAAAAAUAUAUAAAGCAAUAGUGAUGUACACCUAAUGUUAUUAUUAAUUUAAUCGAUUCCAUAAUAAAAAAAAAAUGUAUUUAAAAUGUAUUAAUUACAAGAUGAUCACAUGCAAUGUUUAAAAAUAAUAAUCACAUUAAAAAAAAAAAAAAAACGCUUCGCAUGUCUUGUCCUGUUCGGGCUGCUUUAGUGAGGCACUAAUUUAGUCGGUUGGCAAGUAAUUUAGUAAUAGAAUACCCGAUUCCGCUGAAUUGCUUACCAUUCGGCUACAAUAUUAAAGCAAUCCGAACUAGAUUUAAGUAGCGGGCAAUAAUGUAAUAAUGUUUCAUGUAAAUAUGGCAAUACUUCGAUGUAAAUUCUAUUGUGUAUAAAUUAUUUAUUGAAAUAUAAAAAUAGUGAUUUUGUAA